AUGUCAACAAAUUUAACUUCGCUAAUUGUGGCCGUCAAAGGUGCACAGGAUCUUGAAGAAGAAGGCUAUAUUAUCCAAAUCGGUAACGGUGCCAGUGUAGACACCGUCCGCAAUCUUGCAGCAGAAAAGCUUGAUAUUGUUGGCUCAACAGCCAACAUUGUCCUUGAAGAUGCCGAAGGAAACACAUUGGAUGAAAUCGACAGAAUCCGUAGCCAGAAAGUCGUAUACUUGAACACAAAAGAUUCAAUUAAAAGUGUCAUUCCUGGUCCUACCAAGCUUCCCUAUAUUGGAAAUCUUUAUGAAAUGAUGCCAGACAUGAAUGCUGGUUUCCUUCGUUUCUUUGAAAAAUAUGGUCCCUUGAUUGACGUCUCGAUUCUGGGCACUAGAAUGGUUGCUACCUGCGACCCUGAUAUUGCCGAAGUCUUUGUCAAAGAGAGUGAAUACUUUACCAAAAAGAUCAAAACCACUCUCAAGGAAAUCAAAUUAUUUGCCGGACAAGGCUUGUUCACAACCGAUACCAGUGAUCCCGAUUGGAAGUUGGCACACAAGCUUCUUAUGCCCGCAUUCAGUCCUCGUGCUAUCAAGGUUUAUCAGAAUGAGAUGGGUAUCAUUGCCCAGGAGACCAUCCGUAUCCUUGAACAGUACAAGCCCGACGAAAAAGUAGAAAUCCUUCACUGGACUACCAACCUCACUUUCGAGACCAUUGGCAAGAUUGGUUUCGGCUAUGAAUUUGGUCUGCUCGAAAAGCGUGAAGCACCCCCACAUCCUUUCAUUGAGGCCAUGGGCUACUGUCUCAAGCAGAGUAUCGUUCGUUUCUCCCAAGCUCAAUUCAUGAAGAGUCUUCCUCUGGAAAUGAACCGUCGCUAUGACCGCGAAGUAAACCUUAUGCACAGCAUCGUCGACAAGGUUAUAAAGGACCGCAAGGAGAGCGAAGAUGCCACCGAUAUCGAAAAGGAUCUCCUGGGAUUCAUGUUGAACGCCCGCGACGAGCACCAUCAGGGUCUUUCUGACGAAAACAUCCGUGACCAGGUCGUCACUUUCUUGAUUGCCGGCCACGAUACCACAGCCAACACUCUUGCCUGGUUCCUUUAUGAAAUCUCUCGCCAGCCCGAAAUUGAAGCCAAGGUUCUCCAGGAGAUCGCAAACGUCGGAAUCACACACACUGAGCUGCCUUCCUCUGAACAAAUCAGCAGACUUAAAUAUAUCAGCAUGUGUCUCAAGGAAACCCUUCGUAUGCACCCUCCCGUUCGUAUGCUCGGAAAGUACUGCCAAAAGGACUGUAUUCUUCCCGGUGGAUACAAGAUCGAGGCCGAUACUCCCUCUGUAGUCCAUCUUUACGGUCUCCACAUGAACCCCAAGGUCUAUCCCGACCCAUACAACUUUGAUCCCGAACGCUGGACUCCCGAAGAAGAACAGAAGCGCUCAAAGGCCGCAUGGUUGCCCUUCAGCACUGGUCCUCGUGGAUGUAUCGGUAUGGCCUUUGCUCUCCAGGAAGCCAAGACUGUUAUCGGCAUGUUCUUGCAUCGCUUCAAGUUCUGUUAUGAUGGUCCUGCUGUCAAGUAUGAUCCCAAGCAGCCUACAACCAAGCCUGUCGACUUGUUUAUGACCAUCCAAAAUCGUACUGACUUCCCCGAACCUUCU